UGUCCUUGUUUGUUUAACUGUACUAAAGACCUUCUUCCUUCCGUUGAUUGUGACCGUGCGCGAAUUCGGUUACGCUCAGUAACCGCACUUGUAAACUGGCACGAUCUCGGUAUUCUUUUGAUACCAUGAAAUCGCCAACAACUACAUCUCGACUACAGCCACUAACUGCCUUCUGAUAUUUGGCCUACGGGGGAUCUUAUCAGUUGACUGGCACGUAGUCUUCCUGUAGUGGUGAUCAUAGUCAAUCGCGACUCGACACCACACUACACAUGUAUGACUUACACUAUAAAAAUGAUAGAAUAACUUUUUUGUGUAAUUUAUCGCUGAAUUACUUCACAUUGCUCGAAAGUUGUAUGGUCGUCUAAUUCAAAUACUGAUAUACGCGCUUCCUAUAUAUAUAUGUCCAUUAGAUACAUAAAAUACUACCAUUACAAAGUACAUCAGAGGAUUUCAUCCAAUAACGUGCCUUGUUUCUCGUUCAUCACCCAAUGUUUGGUCCUUAGAGAGAAUAUGAACAUGGAAUGUGAUAUAUCUGGAUUAUAUCAGUCUAUCAACUCUUCCUCCUCAAAGACAGACUCACCAUUUUGGAUUCAGCUGCGUAAGAUGGAGUCGAGUUCCAUUAACUGGUACAAGACUGACCUAUUGAAAUGUUAAACCAAUGGCAAGUCAGUUAUUUUAAUCGAUAUAUUAUUAAUAGACAGCGUUUUGACAUCAAAGUAUCCGUCAAGUCGUUUAACUGUUGUUUGGACUAUUUCCCUACUUGGUUAGUCUUCUUUGGAAUAUUAUAAUUGCCAACGAAUAUACUUGAUAAAUGAGUAACAACGAAAUUUAUGAAGAUUUUAAUGAAUGUCUUAAGAUAGGAAUUCUUCAUAUUCCAUCUGGACGAUUUCUUACAGCUGAAGUAUUUAACAAUGAAAUUAAUAUUUCUGGAACAGCAUUACGACGACGUCAAGUUUGGUCUUUAAUUACGGAUCGGAAGAAUGCUGAUACUUUGUUUUUACAAAAUUCAUUGGGUCGAUUUUUAUCAGUUAAUAAGGAUGGAAAAAUAAGUACAUCUUUAAAAUCAGAUUGCGAAGAACGUUUCCGUUUAGAAUUUGCACCAGAUGGUACAGGUGAAUGGGCUUUUAAAUCAGAUGCAUAUGGUUUCUAUCUCACUGGUACCGAUACUCAAGUUUCAUGUUUUUCCAAAUCUCCUGUCUGGUGGUCAUUUCGUUUAGCAACACAUCCUCAAGUACAUAUUCGUCAUCAGUUCCGUUCACGUUACUUACGUCUUCUUAACGAUGGUCUUGAGCUUCGAGCUGAUCAACCAUACCCAUGGGGUCCAGAGUCUGUUAUUUGGAUUGAACAGCCUACAAUGGUUGCAAGUCAAGGUUUUGGUCGUGGUCCAAAUAUCCCUUUAGUUGGCAAAGCUGCUGUUUCACGUCUUGGUCGUGUUGCCUUCCGAAUGCCGAAUGGAAAAUAUUUGAAAUCUAAUGGAGAAAUGUGUGGUGAAAUGGAUGAUUCCACCUUAUUUUCUUUUGAAUAUCGUCCUGGUAAUCCUGGUACAUUUGCUUUUCGUGAUCAAACAGGUCAUUAUUUGACCACAAUCGGACCUGGAACAACUAAAGUAAAAACAAAUACAAAUAUUGGUAAAGAAGAACUCUUUCUAAUAGAACAUGCUGCUUUACAAGUUGGUAUAGUAGCACAUAAUGGGAAAUUCGCAUCAGUUAAACAAGGUAUUGAAAUUUCUGCAAAUCAGCAUGAAUUAGACGAAACAGCUAUUUUUCAGUUGGAAUAUAUUGGUGGGAUGGGUUUUAAUGCUUUAGAGGCUAUAGCAUCUAGCCCAGCAUCGACUUUAUCUGGUCCAGAUGGUGGAGUCAGUGACUCUUCUGCUUCUAAUUCAAGUUUAAUCAAUAUUAACCAUUCCAUUACUAAUGGUGUUCAUUCAGAUGUUUACUUUCUAACAACCGGAUUUUGGCGUCUACGUUCUCGCAGUGGAAAAUUAUGGAAACUUGCUUCAUCAUCUGGUGUUAAGAAUACUUCUUCAGAUGGAGAUCAAGAAAGUUUAUUUGAAAUGUUAACUGUGAAUAAAGUCAAUGAUAAACAAAUUCGUCAAAUUGUAUUUCGGUCAAAUGAUGAACAGUCUUUGACAGCUCGUAAACUUGGUGCUGUAUCUACAAGUGGUCGUUUAAUUGAUGAAACUCAGCUACCAUCACCAGAUGAACUAUUCAAUAUUAUUUUAACGAAUAGAACAUCAAUUGUGUUUUUAUCUUCAUUAACUGGUGGUUUUUUAGUACGUGGUAAACAAAAUAUUCUUGAUUCAAAUGGAGUAGCUUAUGAACCAUUUUAUAUUCGAGUAACUAAACGGCAUACUUAUAAAUUUUUUGCUCGUAAUCCAAAUUCAACAUAUUCCAUAUGGGCAGCUAGUUUAGAUGGUACAUUACAACUUGAACCUACACAUCAAACUCCUACUGAUGAUGAAAACAAUAAAGACACUGAAGACACUAUUAAUAAUGAUUUGAAAUAUGAAUUUCAACUUCAUUUCCUUGGUCAUAGUCGAGUGCUUAUUCAAUCAUUGAAUAGUCAACGUGGUAAUUCAAUUUCUUUAGUCAAAUCUGAAGUUAAAGGUGAUGUAAAAUUAGAUAUACCAAGUGGUGGUGGUGAUAUAACAAUCAAUUAUAUUUGGGAAAUUUAAAUCAAUAAACAAACUAAUCAAUUUUUCUUUUCUUAUUUUUCAAGAAAUAUUUAUUGAUUUAUUUAUAUCUAUCAAUUAUGAUAAUUAAAAAUGAUCAUGGAAUUUUUUUUAUAUAUAUCAGCAACAUCAUUAUAUAGAAAACAAAAGUAAUUUUCUUUCAUUCCGUCUGAAAUAACAACGCUAACAAACGAUGGAUAUUGAUUGGGUUAUGUCAUUGUAUUUUUCUUCUUCAUGUACAACUACAACAACUACUACUACUUUAGAUAUGCUUUUCAGUAGUAGAUUCUAUCUACUAAGUAAACGUUUCUUAAAAGACUUCGUAUAUGCAUAUUUAUGUUUUCAUCGUCGUGGGGAGAAGAGAGCUGGGAGUAGAACUUUUCUCAUAUGUUUGAAUUUCUUUUUUCACAUUACAUUCAGACACUUUGCCUGUUUUGUGUGUUGGCAUUUACAUCUAAAAUAAUUUCGAUCAUGUUCUUUUCCUUUCUAAGUGGUAAUUUAAAAAAAACCCUAAACGUAUUAACUGUAAAUUUUUAGGGGGUUUGUGUGUUCUGUGAUGACUUCUUAUUGCUUUUACAGUUAAAAAAUAAAAUAUUAAUUAUGAAUAUUACUUACUUACUUACGCCUGUUACUCCUCGUGAAGGAACAUAGGCCGCUCACCAGCAUUCGCCAUCCAACCCUGUCCUGAGCAAUCCUUUCCAGCUCCUUCCAGUUGUUAUUCAUCCUUUCCAUAUCUGCUUUUAUUCCCCGACGUAAUGUGUUCUUUGGCGUUCCACUUUUCCGCUUCCCUUCGAGAUCCCAAGUUAGGGCUUGUCUCGUGAUGCAGUUUGAUGAUUUGCGUAAUGUAUGUCCUAUCCAUUUCCAUCGUCUUUUCCUAAUUUCCUCUUCAGCUGGAAGCUUGUUUGUUCUCUCCCACAAAAGGCUGUUGCUGAUGGUAUCCGGCCAGGGGAUGUUGAGUAUCUUGCGUAGACAGCU